AUGAACCAGGCGACCGGCGGGGGCGAGCUCUCUGAUUUCCUCACAGUGGUCCCGGACUUUCCAGCGGCGGCCAAUGCGAGUGGCAACGCGUCUCUGCUGCUCAAGGACUGGUGGUGGGAACUGGGGCUGGAGUUGCCGGAGCGCGCGGGCAGCGGCGAGGGCCUGCGGAUCCUCAUCAUUGUGGUCUACUCCGUGGUUUGCGCCGUGGGGUUGGCGGGCAACCUGCUGGUGCUCUACCUGAUGAAGAGCAAGCAGGGGUGGCGCAAGUCCUCCAUCAACUUUUUUGUCACCAACCUGGCGCUGACAGAUUUCCUGUUCGUCCUCACGCUGCCCAUCUGGGCGGUGGAGAGCGCGCUUGACUUCAAAUGGCCCUUCGGCAAGGCCAUGUGUAAGAUAGUGUCCAUUAUGUCGUCCCUGAACAUGUAUGCCAGCGUCUUCUUCCUUACUGCCAUGAGCGUGACGCGCUACUACUCGGUGGCCUCGGCUCUCAAGAGCCACCGGACCGGAGGGCACCGCCAGGGAGGCUGCUGCGAGCGCAGUUUGGAGGACAGCUGCUGCUUCUCCGCCAAGGCUCUGUCCGCGCUGAUCUGGGCCUUGGCCACGCUGGCUUCGUUGCCCAAUGCCAUCUUCGCCUCCACCACCAAGGUGCUGGGCGAAGAGCUAUGCCUGGUGCGCUUCCCGGACCAGAGGCGCCCUGGGGACGGGCAGUUCUGGCUGGGCCUCUACCACACGCAGAAGGUGCUGCUGGGCUUCGUGCUGCCCCUGGGCAUCAUCAGCCUGUGCUAUCUGCUGCUGGUGCGAUUCAUCUCCGACCGCCGCGUGGCGGGGGUGCAAGGUGGGACCGUGGCGCCCGGGAGAGGCCCGAGUGAAGCCAGCCUCCGCAGGAGAUCCAAAGUCACCAAGUCUGUGACCAUCGUGGUCCUCUCCUUCUUCCUGUGUUGGCUGCCUAACCAGAUGGUCACUGCCUGGGGCAUCCUCAUCAAGUUCGACGCCGUGCCCUUCAGCAACGAGUACUUCCUUUUCCACCAGUACGCGCACCCGCUGAGCGUGUGCCUGGCCCAUUGCAACAGCUGUCUCAACCCGGUCCUCUACUGCCUGGUGCGCCGCGAGUUCCGCAAGGCGCUCAAGAGCCUGCUGUGGCGCAUCGCGUCGCCCUCCCUCACUAGCAUGCGCCCCUUCACAGCCACCACCAAGCCCGAGCCCGAGGAGCAAGGGCUGCAGGCGCUGGCGCCGCUCCACGCGGCCGCGGAGCCCGACCUGCUCUAUUACCCACCGGGCGUGGUGGUCUACAGCGGGGGGCGCUGUGACCUGUUGCCCAGCAGCUCUGCCUACUGA